GACAGUGACUACGACAUGUCGCCAAAGACCAUGUCACGCAACUCCUCCAUUGCCAGUGAAGCGCAUGCUGAAGACCUAAUAGUGACACCAUUUGCCCAGGUCCUGGCAAGCUUGAGGAGCGUACGUAAUAAUUUUUCCAUCCUGGCAAAUGUUCCUACACCAACAUCCAAUAAGAGAUCUCCCUUGGGCAAUCAGCCAGCUGUUUGCAAAGCCACACUCUCAGAAGAGACAUACCAACAACUAGCCAGAGAGACCUUGGAGGAACUAGAUUGGUGUCUUGACCAAUUAGAGGCCAUUCAGACCUAUCGCUCUGUCAGUGAGAUGGCAUCUAACAAGUUCAAAAGAAUGCUGAACCGUGAAUUAACCCACCUCUCUGAAAUGAGCCGUUCUGGAAACCAGGUGUCUGAGUACAUUUCCAACACCUUUUUAGACAAGCAGAACGAUGUGGAGAUUCCAUCCCCAACACAGAAAGACCGGGAGAAGAAGAAGCGCCAGCAACCCAUGUGUCAGAUCAGUGGGGUCAAGAAACUCACGCACAGUUCCAGCCUGACCAACUCCAGCAUUCCCCGCUUUGGGGUGAAAACAGACCAGGAAGAGCUACUCAGUAAGGAACUGGAAUAUCUAAACAAGUGGGGUCUCAACAUUUUCCGGGUUGCUGACUAUUCCAACAAUCGGUCACUCAGCUGCAUCAUGUAUACAAUAUUCCAGGAAAGAGACUUGCUGAAAACUUUUAAGAUCCCUGUGGACACAUUAGUCACUUAUAUCAUGACACUAGAAGAUCACUACCAUGCUGAUGUGGCCUACCACAACAGUCUCCAUGCUGCUGAUGUUACUCAAUCCACGCACGUCCUCCUGUCUACACCAGCCUUGGAUGCUGUCUUCACUGACCUGGAGAUCUUGGCUGCAAUCUUUGCUGCUGCCAUUCAUGAUGUGGACCAUCCGGGUGUCUCCAACCAAUUCCUGAUCAACACCAAUUCAGAGCUGGCAUUGAUGUACAACGAUGAGUCUGUUCUGGAGAACCAUCACCUAGCUGUGGGUUUCAAGCUGCUGCAGGAAGAGAACUGUGACAUCUUCCAGAACCUGAGCAAGCGACAGCGACAGACCUUGCGCAAGAUGGUCAUUGACAUGGUCUUGGCCACCGACAUGUCCAAACACAUGAGUCUCUUGGCUGAUCUGAAGACAAUGGUGGAGACCAAAAAAGUGACCAGCUCAGGUGUACUUUUGCUGGACAAUUACACUGACAGAAUGCAGGUCCUACGGAACAUGGUUCACUGUGCAGACUUGAGCAACCCCACAAAGCCUUUGGAGUUGUAUCGGCAGUGGACGGAUCGGAUCAUGGAGGAGUUCUUCAGGCAGGGUGACAAAGAACGGGAGCGAGGCAUGGAGAUCAGCCCUAUGUGUGACAAGCAUACAGCCUCUGUGGAGAAGUCACAGGUGGGAUUCAUUGACUACAUCGUGCACCCACUGUGGGAGACUUGGGCAGACCUUGUCCACCCUGACGCCCAAGACAUUUUGGACACGCUUGAGGAUAACAGGGACUGGUAUCACAGCAUGAUCCCCCAAAGUCCCUCCCCACCCCCAGACGAUGCCGAGAAGGAUGAGGAGGCCUGUCUGGAGAAAUUCCAGUUUGAAUUAACCCUGGAGGAGGAAGGGGAGGACUCGGAACCAUCCGAGAAGGACCGCAGCAGUCCUGGAGAGGAGGACAACAGUUACUACACAGCCACAGAAGACCAACACGAGUCCCAGGACGGACAGGACAGACGAACGGACAGUACAGCAGUUGGCACAUCCCUUGGCGCAUCAUGACUGUGGGAAGGGACAACUGAAGAAAGCAAGCUCACCU